AUGUCUGAUAUUGAAAUUGAUGUCCCAAUAGGUGACAGCUUUAGUGAUAAUUAUGGUGAAGAGAAUCUCCUCUCUGCGAAGGUGGGAUUCGCGCAACUAAUGCUUCUCUCAGGAGGAAGAGUCAUUGUUGAGGUCACCAAUGCAGAGGAAGCGAAAAUUGCAGAGGAAGGAGGAGCUGCUUGCUGUGUUGUUCACCAAGGAAAGCGCAUGCCUGAUUUAUCUAUCGUCAGGAAAAUCAAGCAAGCAGUGUCAAUUCCUGUCAUGGUGAGAAUUCGAGUUGGUCAUUUUGUUGAAGCCUGGAUUCUUGAAGCAAUAGGCGUGGAUUACAUCGAUGAGAGUGAACUUAUGGGUUAUGCAGCUAACAAUAACUACAUCAGUAAGCAAUAUUUUCGAGUACCAUUUGGUUGCAGGUGCAAGAAUCUGAAAGAAGCAUUAGCAAGGAUUAAGGAAGGUGCAGCCAUAAUUUGGAUCCACGGAGAGGAAGGAUCUUCGUUGGGUGGGACAGUGGAGAAUGUGAAGUCAAUAAUGCAAACAACAUCGAACUUGAAACACUGCAACGAAGACGAGGUUUCUACAUUUGCAAAGGAGAUGGACGCAUCUGAUGAUCUGGUAGCACAAAUCAGGGAUAUGGGUAAGCUUCCAGUUGUCCAAAUUGCAAUGGGAGGUGUUGAGACUCCUGCUGAUGCAGCACUGAUGAUGCAUUUGGGUUGUGAUGGGGUGUGUAUUAGAUCAGAAAUCUUUGAAUUCGAACAUGCCUACAGUUGGAAUCCAUCUAAGAGACUUCCAGCAAUAGUUAAAGCUGUUAACCACUAUAACAAUCCACGGGUUUUAGCAGAGUGCAGUAAUACGGAGGAGGCUGAUGAUGAUACUGACGAUUUGGUCUGA